AUUGGAGGUAAUGACUAAGAAAGGUUAUUCCAAAGGUCUCAAGUUAACUCCCGCUAAGGAAAAAACUGUCAAAAAAGAAAUAGCAAUAUUAUCUGAAAAAAUAUUGGCACAACCACAACAAAACUUGAAAUAUUUGAAACAACUUUUUGUAUAUGCUUUUGAUUGGACUCCUACUCAACAGGAACAAGUUGAAACAGUUUCAAAUAUUGCAACCCUUAGUAUCACUUCACUGGUAAUCAUAUUCCGAGAUAUUAUUCCGGGUUAUCCAAUCCUUUCGCAGAAGGAACGGAAGGAAGAAGGAACAACCUUGUCCGUGGAGACUUUGCGUAUCCGUAAGUUUGAAAGUCGUCUAUUAGAAUAUUAUGUUGAGUUGGUCAAUCAAUUGCUCCAGCGAAGAAAGAAAGACAGGAAGUGUGUUCAGUUGGGGAAGAAUGGAUUGGGUCAGUGGAAAAGUGCGGUGAAACAAGUCAUACUACCUGCACAUACGAGGGCCUUAUGUGUCCUAUUGACAGAUCUUGUCCAUUUUAAUGAAGCCAAUAGAAUAGCCAAAGCUUUGAUCAAAUAUACACCUAGAGCAAAUGAACAAGAACGAAGAUGGAUACGUGAAACUUUGACAGAGCUUACAAGUAGUCUACACCGAGUUUCCGGAUACUCUUUGAAGACUUGUCUGAAUAUUUGUCAAUAUUUGUGCAUGGCUGCAGCAAAGUGGAAUAUUGUUACUCCUUCCAUUUUUUGUUCUGCUUUCUAUUGUAUAAAUUAUGCAGCAUUGUAUAGUGAAUAUCAACAAGCCGCACGUCAUCGAGAACAGCAGCCCACAGAAAGUGAUUCAGCUUUGAAUGAUCCUCUUAUAGAUGAGAGAAGUUUUCAAAGGGAUUGGAGAGAAGCACAAGGAAGAGCUCGUGAUGAUGAACGACGCAUUCGAUUUGAAAGAGUAAUUGAGUCUGUGGAGCAGUUCUUAAUAUGUAUUUUACAGUCCUCUGAAGAUAAACAAGUUGGAGAUAUUUUAUGUUUGGGAGAGCUGUUAGAAUUGUUUGUGAAAGUCUCCAUAUAUCUCUCAGAUGUUAGUGUUCGUCGGUUGGAAUUUUAUUUGCGCAAGUUGUCGUCUCAUCAAAUAGAAGACAUGGAGAAGAGUUGUUUGUUGUUAAAGGCUCUUUAUCAAGUGCAUUUCUUACAGAGCAAGAAUCGUGGUUGGAAGGAAGAUACUGGAUACCUGGAUAGUCUUUUAUACCAAAGUUGUGGGCGUUUGUUAGAUUGUCGAUCCAUACACAACACGGAUACAAGUCAAUCGCUUGGUUCAUUGUUCAAGUUGAGUCUUUGGUGGUUGAAUCCAGCACGGGAUCGAUUGUUGAGAAGAAAGACGAUAUGGAGAAGGUUAUUAUGGCUUCUUUUGAGAACAGAAUCUCCAUUAUUAAUGAAUAUUAUUACAGCAACAUUUAUUCACGGAAUUCCUGUAGAUUGGAAUCAAGCUUCCAUAGAUAGUGAUGAACAGUGGAGUGGUUCUCUUGAGAUGCUUAUUCGUGAAGCGUUAGUUAAGAAUCCCGAUGUUUCAUAUUUGGAUGAUGCUCCUCCACUUUAUGAAUACUUCAUUUUGAGUCAACAUUUUCAUCCUUAUAUUAGGAAUCACUUUGUAUCCGUCGUUCGAGGUCAUAUUUUGCCUUUGAGUGAUUCUAUAGAAGAAUGGUUAUCCGCAUAUACAGAUGAAAUGACAUUUAUUCCUCCAGUUGCCCAAACAAUGAAGAAUAGUAAAUCUUUCAAAAGAAAGAGUUUAUUUCUCACUUCUUUACCUCUUUUGGAAGAAAAAGAAGAAAAUGUAGAUUGGAAUUGUUUGGUUCACCAAACCAAAACGAUGAACAAUGAGACGAAGGAUGAAUGAAUAAACUUGAAAGUUUGUAGUGUGAAGGAUGGAGAACAUGGAAGAAGAACACACGAGUUCUGAUAGAG